GUAACAAUGGGAGAACCCCGGCUGGAAGAACUCAUUGAGAAAACAGGUGGUUGUGGUAGAUACCAAAUACUCCUCUGCCUUACGGUGCACUCGAUGAAAUGUAUCGUCUGCUUCAGUAUGCUAUUUAUGGUUUUUGGUGCCGCCAAGCCAGACUGGUGGUGUGUCAAUGACACUGAUGAUUCAAAUGUCACUUUAACUACAGACAUGCCGCAGUAUAAGUCUUGUACUGCAUCCAACGGAACGUCAAAGUGCACAAAGUUUUUCUUUGACAAAUCAAUGAAAACUAUUGUAACACAGUGGGAGCUUGUGUGUGAUAAAGAAUGGGUUACAUCUACAAUCACGUCAGUACAGAUGGCUGGAACUUUUAUAGGGAAUCUCGCAUGUGGUCAGAUUGCAGAUUUGAUAGGACGUAAAACGCCACUGUUUUUAUCGGUUGCCAGUCUUGUAAUACUUAAUGCCAUUACAGCAUUUUCCACAUCCUGGCUAAUGUUUGCCGUUCUUCGUUUCUUCGUUGGACUUGCUGCUGGAUUUGAACUAACCGUUCAAUAUAACGUCAUGUCGGAAUUUACAACGGCAAGAUGGCGAACGUGGGUUGUGGCCGUGCCGUCUUGGGCAACCGAGACCAUGAUUUUCUCAUUGGUUGCCUGGUUGCUUAAAGAUUGGAAGUACAUCCAUAUUGCUGCCACGGCUAUUGGAUUACCUUGGCUGGCUACAUAUUGGUUCGUCCCAGAGAGCUUCAGGUUUUACGUUGGACACGAUCGCAUCGAAGAUGCCGAAAAUAUUAUUAAAAAGAUAGCAAGGAUCAAUAAGAAACCAGUUCCGGACAUGUCCGAACUUAACCUGCUGAAGGCAUCCAUUGAGAAAGCGAAAUUAUUAGACAAGAAGUAUUCUUUUAUCGACUUUUUUAAAAACAAGCAAUUGCUAAAAUGCACAUUGCUUUUAGCAGUAGUAUGGAUCACAAUAGGGUUCAACACAUACGGCAUUCAGUUCGGUGUACCAGCACUGUCCGGCAAUCUGUACGUCAACCUGUUUAUUCCUAGCUUAAUUGGAAGUCCCAUUCAGUUUAUUAUGAUAUAUCUACAAAACAGAUUCGGUCGGAAGUCAACAUCAAUCUUAUUUUACCUCAUUUGCGCAGUUACAACAUUAACUGUAGCUAUAGCAAACCGCUUCCAAGAGACAUCCUUCCGAAACAACCUUAUCAACGUGGCUGCUUUAUUGUCAUUAACUGCCAUAAAUUGCUCAUGGUCCCCUGUGCAAACACUCACAAUUGAAAACUAUCCAACUGUAGUUAGAAAUCUCGGGUUUGGAUUGCAAAACACAAUUGCAAGGAUAGGUGCUAUCAUUGGACCUCAGCUAGUUUUCCUGGACACUAAAGUAGCUGGAAUAAUGUACUGGAUUUGCGGGGCGGCUGCUUUGAUUUCAAUCAUUUGUAUUCUCCCAAUCAGGGAAACCAAUGGCGUUGACCUUACGGACAAAAUUCAUCAUAUCCAAUCAUUUGAUGAGGAAAACUACGAGAUUGAAAUUCGAAAGGAACCUAAUGAGAAAAUACCAGAAGAAAUAUAAAACCUUUGAACGCAAUACUGGCAGAGGCAAAAAUAGUGGAAAUUCAGAUACAGUUAUGGCUUUAUAUAAGCGUCUCUUUAAGGGAUUUUGUUGCCACAAAAGGUGAAAAUUAUUAACCUUUCAGAGUUUCCUAACCAAAGUUAUAAAUUAGCAAACAGUAACAGCACGAUACCUGCUUCCAACAUAAUAAAUAAAAAUACGAUGUGACGUACGUAAACAAACACAGUCAAUCAAGUGUUAUGCUCUCGGAAAUGCUCCGCCUUUGAAGUCAAAAGAAUUAGUUUAGUUUAUACUAAUUUGUUUUAGCUCGAUUGUGAUGAAAGCUUCAAGCUUAUUGGAACCACUCUCGAGUCCGCUUCCUGGAAAAACCAGUACUGGUGUCAUGUGAGAAGUCAUGGUCGUGACCCCAAUGGGGCUCGAACCCACGACCCCUGGAUUGAGCGGCCGACACCUUAUCCACUAGACCACCGCUCCCCUUGAGUCAAAAGAAUUAAUGGGAAUUUGAACGAUAGCCGUUGUAUAUUUUGACAAUAAAUAUAAACAAUCUUAUUUUGCAAAUUGAAUCAAUUGGUAAAGCAAGAUUCGCUAUAAAGUGCUGCAUACCGGCUUUAGCACUGGUGCUGUAAUAAACCAAAAAUGUAAAACUUUUUAUAGGUGUAUUAAGACUAGACUAAGGUUUAAAUGACAUAUAUAACAAAAUUAACAUAGGAAUGGUGAUGAAGGUAAUUGUAAAAGUGUUAUUGGAGAUGACGCAAUGAAAUUGAGACUUUCAUCACGUGCCAAACGAUGAAACCAAGAGAGCUUGAGAAGGACAUGCAUGCAGACUUUUAUUUUGUAUAAACAACAAUAUAUAUGCAAUACAUAGUUUCAUUAGUACCACCUUAUUUGCUAGCCACUCAAAUAUUAAUAAAGUCUGCAUUAGUAUA